AUGGGCUUGUUAAGGCCCGGCAAGGGGAGGUCCCUCAUCCUGGCCGUUCUCGCCACAAUCCUGGUCUGCACCGUCUAUCUCUACUGGACCCCAACGACAGCCUCGUCCACCGUGUCCGUCGUUCCGAGCACGGCUUUCGAAGUUCCGUUAAUAGAACGCCAGAAAGACUUUUGGAAAGCAUUCCACCCUAUCCUCCAACGCCAUGACCCCGAUUGCCCCUAUCCGCAGAAGCUCGAGGAUGCCGGCGCGAUUCACUUUGAUCCCAACUCGGACCGUCCGCUGCCGGAUAUCACCACAAUGAAUGAGGAGGACCAGAAGAAGAUGGAGCAAGCGCAUGCAGACUUCAUUCAAUCUAUCAAGGCUGCAGGCAAAACCUUGGAGCCGGCACAUACACCAGGCAAAAAAGGCCUAGUAUCAACGGCCGGCGCGAAGUACCUGCCGGUCUUUGUGUCCACGCUACGUAUGCUGCGUCGCGCUGGAUCCACACUGCCCGUGGAGGUCUAUAUGAAGGAUACUGACGAGUAUGAAAAACAUAUCUGUAAUGAGGUGCUUCCGACUCUUGACGCACGUUGCUUGGUGCUGGGUGAUGUCGUGGGACAAGACAUGAUUGCGCACUAUCAACUCAAAAUUUUUGCCGUUCUCUUCUCAUCCUUCGAAGAGAUUCCAGAAGACCUACUCAGCUCCGAGCCUUUCACAUCCACUGGCUUGGUAUUGUGGCCUGAUUUCUGGGCUUCUUCCGUGUCGCCGUUAUACUAUGAGAUCUCGCGCCAAGAGGUACCUCCGGUUGCCGCUCGUCAAUCCUCAGAGACGGGCGUCUUCUUAGUAUCAAAGAAGACGCAUUUCCUGCCACUUAUGCUAGCGGCCUACUAUAAUUACUACGGGCCCACGCACUACUUUCGCCUUCUCACCCAAGGAGGCCCCGGAGAGGGCGAUAAGGAGACGUUCCUGGCAGCGGCAGCAGCGUUGGGUGCGCCGUUCUAUACGGUUAGUGAACGAGUUCAGGCAAUUGGCCACCAAUUGCCUGACAAACUGUCUGGAUCAGCCAUGGCCCAGGCAGAUCCCCGCGAGGACCAUGCCCUUACCUCGCAGGGUAAAUGGCGCAUCAAGGAUCCUGCAGUGGGACCAGCACCGCACAUCUUCUUCAUCCAUGCCAAUUACCCGAAAUUCAACCCAGGGGACAAUAUCUUUGGGCUUAGCUGGGAGACCGCUCCCACCGUUAACACUGAUGGAUCUGACAGCCGUGCAUGGACGGCUCCUCCCGAAACGAUCCAACGCUUUGGAUACGACAUUGAGAAAAGUUACUGGGAGGAGAUCAAGUGGGUCACGUGCAAUUACGAGAAUUUCUUCAAAUCAUGGAAGCAGAAGGCCGGGCUCUGUGAGAAGGUCAAAGACUACUGGAAAAAUGUUUUUGCUGAACCCCAUGCGGAUGACCCAAAGUUCACACAGGGGGGGUUGACCUACGGAAGGCGAUGUCUAUUCAUGGGAAUUAGACGACCCUUCACUCCUUGA